UAGUACGUUAUAAACACGGAACAGAACACAUCGCUCCCGGAUAGCGCCAGGUAAAAUGACCACAAAUAAUGAUAUGUACAACGCGGAUGAGCUGGAAGCACCUGCCUGGCUGAACGAGCAAUUCUUCCAAGAUGCACUAAUACAGUACUUGAAGGAACCCAACCUUAAAGUAACCGAGGCAAAGAUGUCCCCGGCCAGUGCCAAAGGAGAUCACUAUGCGAGUGUUAUGUUCCGAGCGAUCGUUGAGUACUCAACACAAAAGAGAAAAUGCUCCAAGUCCCUCAUCAUCAAGACAAUGCCCGAGGUGCAGGGUAAAAAAAAGGAUUUUUUGGCUGAUUCUCAUAUAUUCGAGACUGAGAUUAUCAUGUACACGCAAGUGCUGCCCAAAUUCGAGGCAAUAUUACGCGAGGCGGGUGAAGAGAUCAAAUUUUGUGGGACCUGCGUCUAUUACAGCUUAGAGCCGCGAGAGGUGAUGAUUUUUGAAGAUCUCGUGCCUCAAGGAUAUCAAGUGAUACGCAAUAGAGAUUUGACCAUGGAUGAGCUGCGUGCCGCAAUGGAAAAGCUGGCCAAAUGGCAUGCAGUUAGCCACAAAGUGUUGAAGGAGCAGCCGAUACUAUUCGAUAAACUCAAAUAUGAUCUAGCAACAUUGCCGGGCUUCUUGGAAGAUGAUUUCCUUACCAGUGGGCUACCUAACUUUAUCGACAUGCUCGGCCAGAACGAGAGCUUGAGAGACUACUGCAAAUACUUUGAGCCAAUGCGGAACAAGUUACUUAAUCUCUGGGCCGAUAUAAUCCAUGAAUAUCGUGAGAAUCGGCAAGAGAAUACCUAUUAUGUUCUCUGCCACGGCGACUUUCAUAUGAAGAACAUGAUGUUCAAGGGUAACGAUUGCAUGCUGCUGGAUUUUCAAUUGUCCUACGUGGGUUGUAUGUCCAAUGAUGUGCAAUAUGCCAAAUAUAUGCUCUUUUCUGCCGAGGAUCGCAAGGAUAAAUGUGAUGAACUAAUUUAUCACUACUUUGAUGUAUUUGCAAAGACAUUAAAGAAAAUUGGAUGUGAAUUGAAGAAGCAUAGCUUGGUGGAAUUUCGCAGACAAAUGUUUGAUCGGAGAAAUACUGAAUUCAUGCUGCUUACCACGUUUUUGCCUAUCUUUAACAGCAUGCGUAUGGGGCAUGAUCCUGGUACAGUUUUGGAAAAUGCAGGUUGUCGUGCCGAAUUAUUUGCCAACAAGGAUUAUCGAAAUGAAUUGGAGUAUCUGUUGCCUCGAAUGCUGCAUUCGGGUUACUUCGAGGCACCUACAAAAUAACUAUUGUAAAUAUAUCAAUCGUACAAAACUUGAA